AUGCCUCGCGACCGCGGCGGCGGCGGCCUCGCGCCGCGCCGCCGCCGCGCGACGGAGUUCGGAGCCCCCGCCGCCGGCGCCAAGGGCGACGGCGUCGUCGCGUCGCGAUCGCGCUACGAGAGCCUCGCGAUCUCGAGAGGACUCGCGCGACACGCCAACGACGACCCACACCGCGAGGAGGCCUUCACGCGCGCCGCGCUCGAGCUCGCGCACGUCCUCCGCGCGUGUUACGCGUCCUCGAGCAAGGACGCGAGGGAGGCGAUGACGCGAGACGCGAUCGCGGGCGCCUCGCGCGCGGCGCAUCUCGCGACGUCGAGACAGCUCGCGGCGUCGCACGCGCUGCGACGCGCGGCGGUCGCGACGCUGCCGAGCAAGCGACGCGAGGCGUUCGAGCGCGCGCACGCCGCGGCGGCGGUGACGCGCGCGCGGGACGCGAAGAAGCGUCGCGCGCGCGCGGCGGAGGCGGAGGCGGAGGCGGAGGCGGAGGAGGAGGAGCUCGACGACGACGCUCCGGACGACGCCGCGUCGCCGACGACGACGACGCGCGCGCGCGACCUCCCGGACGACGUCCUGCGCGCCGUGUUCGACCGUCUCAACCCGUGGGACCUCGGACGUUGCGCGGCGACGUGCGCGCGCUGGCGCGCGCUCGUCGCGGGCGCGGAGCGCGCGUGGAAGAGAGGAUGCGAAGACGCCGCGACGACGGCGGCGGCGGCGGAGCGAACGAGGAGCGCUCUCGGCGACGCCGCGUCGUGGCGCGACGCGUUCGUCGCGCUCGUCGCGACGUCGACGUCGACGUCGACAUCGCGCGCGGGGGCCCGCGAUGGAGGAAGAAGAACAGCGCCCGCGAUCGCUGAACCGUCCGGACGCGCGUGGUGCGAGCGGUGCGAGACGUAUCGAUGGACGUGGGACGACGGCGGCGACGGGGGCGUCGCGUGGCCGGCGGGGCACCGCGAUUCGCACCGCGUCCGGACGGGCGCGAUGGGCGCGGCGUUCGUCGUCGACCGGGUCCUCGGAGGGGGCGGGGAUGGCGACAGCGACAGCGACAGCGACAGCGACAGCGACAGCGACAGCGAUGGCGGCGGCGGCGGCGGCGGCGAGGCGACGGACGUCGCGCGGCGGAUGCGGUUGUGGAGGAUACGCGGGCAGUAG